AAUUGUUCGAACACAGAAACUAAUAGUUAGCGCUCGGUUAGCCAAGAAGUACUUAUACAGUGACGAAAGAGUUACCAUGUUGAGUGAACUAAAUAGGCAGCAAGCUGGUAAUACUGACAUCGAAAGUGAUGAGAAUUAAACAGGAAUUCGUUAAGCCUGAGCCUGGGUUAGCCAUGGUGGGCCAAAAUCUUUCGAAGGGUGACGAACGUAUCCGACUCGAUGAUAAGCGCGAACUCGUCCGCGAGUUCCUCAAAACUAAGGGACUAGUUAAUCAUCACAUAGCCUCGUUCGAUUAUUUUAUCGAAACGGAAAUGCGUGAGAUCCUAGAAGCCAAUGCCAUUGUUUACUCGGAGGCCGAUCCCACCUGGUAUAUGGAAUACACCGAUAUCCGUAUUGGGACUCCAAGUAUUGUCGAAGGCCCUGGCAUGGUGACACCUACUACGCCAUAUCAGUGCCGUAUUCGGGAUAUGACAUACUAUGCGCCCAUUUACGUCGAUAUCGCGUAUAAGAGAGGUCAUGAGCUGGUUAUUAGGAACGAUCUUGAAAUUGGCCGCAUUCCAAUUAUGCUGAAAUCCAAACGAUGUGUACUUUAUAAUAAAAAGCCUUGGGAACUUACGAAACUUAAAGAAUGCCCCAAUGACCACGGUGGAUAUUUUGUUGUCAAGGGUGUUGAGCGAGUCGUGCUUAUGGCUGAACAGUUGGCCAACAAUCGAAUCCUCAUUGACGAAGAUAGCAAAGGUGUCAUUUCAUGUCAGGUAACGUCAUCAACACACGAACGAAAAUCUCGUACCAACAUAAUCGAAAAAAACGGAAAGUUCUACGUUAAGCAUAAUAGCUUCGUUGAUGACAUUCCCGUUGUGGCAAUGUUUCGCGCUAUGGGAAUUGAGAAUGACCUGCGCAUCCAUCAGAUGAUUGGAACGGAGGAAAAUGUCCAAGUAGCAUUCGUGGGCUCGAUUGUCGAGUGUCACAAGCUCAAGGUGUUUACUCAGGAAGAAGCACUGAGAUUCCUUGCGGCAAAGAUGAAGCAGCGGAUGUUUGGACCACAGAAAGCGGAAGACCCCCUUGACAAGGCAUGGGAAGCCGUACUUUCAUCCGUAGUCAACCAUAUUCCCGUUCAAUCGCCUGACUACAAUAUGACUGUCCGGGCACACUAUCUUGCACUAAUGGUGCGUCGCAUCAUUCAGGCGCGUUAUGAUCGCCGCUUCAUUGACGAUCGCGACUAUUACGGCAACAAACGAAUUGAGCUUCCGGGUUCGAUGAUAUCGCUGCUGUUUGAAGACCUGUUAAAAAAGGUUAAUCAGGACUUGAAGUUGGUGGCCGACAAGCAAAUCCCCCUAGUUCGAGUUGCUCAGUUUGACAUCGUUAAAUUUUUUAAACCCUCUACAAUUACAUCAGGUCUGAUUAACGCUAUCUCGACUGGCAACUGGAUAAUUCGCAGAUUCAAUAUGCACACAAUUGGCGUUACGCAGGUGUUGUCAAGGCUCAACUAUAUCUCCUGCUUAGGUAUGAUGACUCGAGUAAAUUCUCACUUCGAAAAAUCCCGCAAAGUCUCUGGACCGAGGUCACUACAACCAUCUCAGUUUGGUAUGCUUUGUCCAUCCGAUACACCGGAAGGUGAGGCUUGCGGUCUCGUAAAAAAUAUGUCUCUGAUGGCUCAUAUCACAAUCAAUUCGUCUGCAGAUCUCACCGAUUUUCUGAUAUCGCUGGGAGUCCAGGAUAUUCGACUACUAUGCGGAGCUGAAUUCAGCAAAACACACGUCUACUAUGUAUUCCACAACGGUGUUAUUAAAGGCGUCGUUGAGGAUCAUCGCAGGCUUAUCAACGAGAUUCGGCAAUUUCGUCGGAAGGGAUACUUGUCGCCUUACUUAUCAGUUUAUCCAAAUCAUCUACAUCGCUGUGUGUAUAUUGUAACUGACGGUGGUCGUUUCUGCAGGCCGUUUAUCAUUGUUGAGGAUGGUCAGCCAAAAGUUACGCAGAAACAUUUGGACGACCUCAAAGCCAAUAUAUAUAACUUCCAAGACUUCCUGGACAUGGGCUUUGUAGAGUUUCUCGAUGUAAAUGAGGAAAACGACGCGCUUAUCGCCAUUUAUGAAAAAGAUAUCACAAUCAAAACGACACAUCUGGAAAUUGCUCCCUUUACUAUUCUCUCAGCCUGCGCCGGCAUCAUUCCAUUUCCACACCACAAUCAGAGUCCUCGGAACACCUAUCAAUGCGCUAUGGGUAAACAAGCGAUAGGUGUGCUAGGCUUUAAUCAACAGCAACGGAUCGACACAUUACAGUACAACAUGAUCUACCCACAGAGGCCGUUGGGUACGACACGCGCGAUAAAGCUAAUUAAUUUCGAUCAGAUGCCGGCCGGGCAAAACGUAUCAUUAGCUGUAAUGAGCUACUCUGGAUAUGAUAUAGAAGACGCCAUUGUAAUGAAUAAAUACUCAAUGGAAAGAGGCUUUGGUGAAUGCCGUGUGGUGACUUCACAAAAAUGUCAACUCAGACGUUAUCCAAAUAUGGCUGUUGACAAGAUUAUGGGUCCUUUAGUUGACGCAGUGACACGCAAGCCAAUUUUUGAGCACGAGUGCCUUGACUAUGAUGGCAUAGUCAUGGUUGGGGAAACAGUUGUAAAAGGGCAGGUGCUUAUCAACAGGCAUAUUCCAGCUGGAGGAGCGGCUACUCUCGACCCUGGACAGCCUGUCGAAUAUCAAGAAAUGCCCCUCAGAUAUCAAGGAAAUGUUCCAGCGCAAAUCGAUCGUGUGAUGAUGACGGUAAACGCUGAAGGUGAAACACUGUUCAAGGUUGUAAUCAGUCAGACGCGAAAGCCAGAAAUCGGUGAUAAAUUUAGUUCAAGACAUGGUCAAAAGGGCGUCGUUGGCCUUAUAGUGAAUCAAGAGGAUAUGCCCUUUGAUGAUCAGGGAAUCGUGCCCGAUAUUAUUAUGAACCCUCACGGAUUUCCAUCCCGAAUGACAGUUGGGAAAAUGAUAGAAAUUCUUGGAGGUAAGGCAGCUGCCCUUUCAGGUCGUUUGCAGGACGCGACGGCAUUUGAAAAUAAGUCGGAAGGUGAUCAUGUCACCUGUGAGGAAAUGGGUGAGAUAUUGAAGAGUUAUGGCUUUCACUAUCAGGGCAAGGACAUACUUACCAGCGGAGUAAACGGACAGCCUAUGCAAGCAUAUAUUUACAGGGGUACUUGUUACUAUCAGCGACUAAAGCAUAUGGUGCAGGACAAAAUGCAUGCUCGUGCCCGAGGCCCUCGAGCUGUGCUAACGAGGCAACCCACCGAAGGUCGCUCACGUGACGGCGGUUUGCGCUUAGGAGAAAUGGAAAGAGACUGUUUGAUUGGACACGGUGCAGCUAUGCUGAUGCGUGAACGUCUGAUGUUCAGUUCGGAUGCUACUGAAGUAGAUAUCUGCAACACCUGUGGGCUGAUCGGCUUCCUUAAGUGGUGUCAAUGCUGUAAGUCGUCGCAAGCCAUGUGCACAGUCAAAAUGCCGUACGCAUUCAAGCUUCUUUGCCAGGAAUUAAGCGCGAUGAAUGUGGCCCCUCGUCUCAAGCUCGAAAGCGUCCUUUCAGACGAUAAACAAGGUAUACGACGGCCUGAUGAGGCCAUGGCCGCUGCCUCGGUUUAAGAGAGGUUCACCACUUUUUGUUAUGUUCCCAAGGUCACGAUGUUAUUGAGUAUCUUUAGGUAACCAAAAUUACACUGCGGGUGGAACAGUUGUAACAAAGACGUGGCUGCGAGAAGGCAGUGUUUGAUAAGCUCGGUCGUCGGUGUUUAUAAAUAAUUGAGCUAGUAAGUCUGUGUAAAUAGAAAAAUUUUGUGUGUCAGAUGUGAGCGUUAAAACGCGUGUUGUUUAUUACAUAAGUUUAUGUGGAUAUGAUGUUAGUGUGCUAUUGGUUUUUUCGCAUUUUUAUUUUUGAUUUCGACAUUAGCAAAAAUCAAAAUUGUUCGUGGACCUCAGCUGGUAUAAAAAAAAUAGCAAGUGUGUUAUAGUACCAUGUGAAUAAAGUUCAAGGUGCAUUAAAAAUUAAUGUGGACUUAUUUUCAAGAACACGCAGAAUAACACUGUUCGCUUCCGUUAGCACAAUCAUCGUACCCUUGUCUUUGUUCGAGUGAGAGAACAUAUAUGUACAUGAUUCAUAUAGAGUUCUAUGUAGUCUAAGCCUAAAAUGUUUAUUUUGCUAGUAACCAAUUCAGCUGCACCAGUCUUGUGACACUUCUUUUUAGGCAAUUCAAUUUUUUAUUCGCAACUUCAGCUUUCUAUAGUUAGUUAGUCAAAGGUUUGUAAAUAACAGAUGUAUUUCCAAAUAAGUACGAGUAGUGCUAUAUUUAGAAAGAAUGUAUGACUUCAGUAAAUUAUAUUUUUAUAUAUGCUAUAGCUUAUAUAGCAGUCUACUGUUUAAUCAAAGGCUUGUAGGAGUGUGUGGGAAUUCUUAAGAGAAGACGAUUUGCUACACGCUGAGAAAUGAGGACUUACGCUCGUUAUAUCAAAAGCUCAAAUAGAAAAAGAUUAAGUAUAAAAAAUGUUUUUAAAGAUAGAAAUUUUCGAUAGGAGCCAUAUGCUCUAUAAUAAUGCAUUCUGAUGUUAAAAAAAAACAAGUUAAGAACUAGUAUCUCAAGACGUUGAAGGUCUGCGAUUACUGAAUGUCACAAUGGUUUUGGCAAAUGAAGUCCCGUGGAGUUUGUGGCCUGUGGGCUUAAGCUUAAAAAGACAAGUUAAACGGAGAGAUUCACUCAUUUGGUAAAAACUAACUACCUGACGAUGAGGAGGAGCGGCCUGGUCUAGAUAGAUAAUGUGUAUAUCUUCGAGUGCAUUGCUGCUGCAAACAUGACACAAUAAGGACCCAGCGACGCUGUUUAAAAUAUUAACGUUGGAAAAGUGACUGCCAAAAAAUAAACCACCGGGAAAAAUAUAAAUAACAGUACUUAUCAAUUCAAAAAGAAUACAAUAAGGUGUUAAGAGCUGCUUGCUAGAUCGCCAUGCUAUUUAAUAGGUCUGUUAGGAAACACCUAAAUAAGUUUAUCAGGACCCAGCCCGGCUAAUCCCUCUAGUGGGGCAGGUCUUUGAUGCUAUAUUGAAGAGGUGAUUCUAAGGAUUUGUCCGACAAAGAGGAUAACCGAAUGGUGUAAAAAAAAUACCGGACGAUAGUUUUGUGUCUAAGGCAGUUUUUUAAUGCAUAAGUGUUUUACAGAAAUUAUGCUUCGGUUCGGAGCUGAAAUUCCUAUUUCCAAAAAAAAAUAUAGAUGAGCAUGCGGAUGGAAAUAAUAGCUUACCUUUAAGUAUAUUAAAUAAAUAUUUUAAGUUUUUUUGUCUGGUAUUUAAACCGUUAGAUAUUGUCUGAGAAGGCUGGCUUCCAGCCCGAAACGAAGCGUAUCCGCAUACGGGUUUGAACUUCGACCAGCAUGUACCCCUAAGUUUAAUAGGCAAGCACGUUAGCGCUGCAUUGUCACUGAGACAUCUUUUAGUAUAUUAAAAUGACGUAACUUGAGCCUAUUGGUCUGCUAUGUAGCACAAACUUAAAGGUAAGCAUCAACUUAAGUAACAAAAAGUCAAAGACACAAUAUUGAGUUUCUUGCGAUUUCUCCAGUUCUUCUAAGUAAUCUUAAAUGCUAGAAUUACAGUCGGGUGUAUGAGAAAAAUAAAGUUUUGCUUUUGAUUUAUGUACUCACGUGCAAAAUAAAAAAAAAUGCAUUGCAAGUAACAU